AUACGAAAGAAGUAAGACACGCAGUCUGGAGAGCGAGAGUGUGUGAGAGUAAAAGAGAGAGAGAGAGGAAGAGAGAGAGAGAGAGAGAGGCUACAUCGACGAGCAACCGAGCUGCAAACCUUUGAAAGGCAGGGGCUUGCUAUGGCACAGGGCUCUGACAGCAACGAUACCAGCUUCACCAGAUCUCCGUCUCCUUCCAAUAAGGACUCCUCUGACGAUAUGAAAAAAGUAUUAAGACGUGAGAAAAACCGACUUGCUGCUCAGAAAAGCAGGAUGCGGCAGACACAGAAGGCUGAUACCUUACAUCUGGAGAGUGAAAAUCUGGAAAAAGAAAAUGCAGCCUUACGGAAAGAAAUUAAAAGACUGACAGAAGAAGCCAAGUACCUCUCAGCAGUGCUCAGCAGUCAUGAGCCCCUCUGUUCAGCGCUCACCUCACAGGCUUCUGAUAUUGUGUACUCUUCGCAUGGACCCUUCCACCAGACCCACAUCAGCUCCUCUCGCUUCCAACACUGAUCAGCACACAGCAGACUGAAGCAUACUACCAGGGAUUGGACAUGUCAGCACUUUUUAUCUGGCCCUAAUUUUAUCUUCCGUAGAGCCUGGACCAUUUAUAGAAAUUUUCUACCAAACUAGACUGCAGUGAUAAGGAACUGAUCUCAACCUUGGCUGCACGAUGCCUUUCUAUGUUGUCUAACUUCAUCUUGCUUUCAAUAAUGUCUUUUAAAAGAACUGAUAUGAGGAAUUUUCAGUAUCAGGACAAAGUAUUGUGACAGUUCGCAAGUUUAUUUCUUAUGAAAU